CGAGGACUGAGAUCUGUCAUUCACAACAUCUCCAUCUGCGUUGCAUUAAAGAAGUCAGUGUUUUGUACAUGAUGAUUUUUUAAUUUAUGAGUGAGCUAUUCCUUAAAAUUAAACACCUUAAACAGACCAAAAUGAUGCCCUUUCCAAAGAAAUUCACACAGCAAAUGUCCCACAAAUACAAAUACCUCGCCCAGCGCUCCGCCCACUGUGGGAGGAGCCAAUACAUCUCCUAAACGCAAGCAGGGAGAAUAAUACUUCAGAGCCCGAAACACAGAAGAGACAGAACAGUCUUCAGUCACCGCGGUAGAUGUGCGACUCCAAACGGGAGGCACAGUGACUGCGAUAAAGAAGGGACAAGAAACUCUCAGAGGGAGAAAGAAUGCCAGCUAAAACCAUGAACUCUGAUUUGGAGUUUGACUCCUUGCAGCCGUGUUUCUACCCGGACGAGGAUGACUUCUACUUCUGCAGACCAGACGCUGCACCGCCUGGAGAGGACAUCUGGAAGAAAUUCGAGCUGCUGCCCACUCCUCCUCUGUCCCCGAGCCGGGCAGCGCUUCCAGGGGAUCCGGGGGAGCUGGGCGCGGUGGCUGGGGAUUGCUCGCUGAUGGGCUUUGGAUUAACGGACCCGUUGGACUGGGCUUCUGAGCUUCUGCUCUUACCGGAAGACGACAUUUGGGGGGCGUCUGACGGAGACCUCUUCGGCUCCGUUUUGGAUACUACGGACAAUUCCAUCAUCAUUCAGGACUGCAUGUGGAGCGGCUUCUCGGCACGCGAGAAAUUGGAGCGAGUGGUGAAUGAGAAACUCGGGAAAGCAGUCUCUGCUCCUACCGGUACUGAAGCCGGUAAAGACACGACAGUCAAGUCGCCGGAAAUUAGCCACUCUAUACCGGAGUGUGUGGACCCUACCGUAGUUUUCCCUUAUCCAGUCAACAAAAGAAACGGGAGCAGCAGCAGCAGCCAAAGUGUGACACAGCUGAGGAGCCAACAGCUGCCUCCAGUCAGUGCAGACGAGACUCCAAGCGACUCUGAUGAUGAUGAUGACGAAGAUGACGACGACGACGAUGACGAUGAAGACGAUGAAGAAGAGGAGGAGAUUGACGUCGUCACGGUCGAGAAAAGGCGUUCCAUCACCAGCAAGAUAACCGGCACUGGUCUGUCUGCCGUCUCUAACUCUCAGGCGUCCACAGGAGGGCGGUUGGGCUCAGGGGUGAGCAAAGCUCCACAGGAGCUCAUUCUGAAGAGGACGGCGGCAGCCUCUAUCCACCAGCAACAGCAUAACUACGCAGCCCCAUCCCCAUACUCCGAACAGCAAGACGUACCCAGCGCUCCUCCAAGCAAGAAACUCCGAAUCGACAACAGCACUACAACUCUACGCACUGGCAAGAACCAGAGCUCUUCCCCGAACUCCCCUACUAACAGUGUACCAGGACAGCGCAUGAGGAAGAGCGAUUCCAGCAGCCCGCGAUGCUCCGACUCGGAGGACAGCGAACGCCGGCGCAACCACAACAUCUUGGAGCGCCAGCGGCGAAACGACCUGCGCUCUAGCUUCCUGACUUUGCGCGACCAGGUGCCCGAGUUGGCGCACAACGACAAGGCGGCAAAGGUGGUCAUCCUGAAGAAGGCCACCGAGUACGUCAGCUCCCUUGAGGCCCAGGAGCUCCGACUCCAGCAGGAGAAAGACAGAUUGCAAGCCCGAAGACAACAGCUCCUCCGCAGGCUCGAGCAGGCCAGGACUCGCUAACACUUAACGCUCAUUGGCUGAACGCCUCACAGCUAACGGUCGGCGUCAAAUGACGGACGACAAACCGCUAAGGCUAACGGCCCAAAAUGAAUACUAGGGACACUCACUGCUGACACUUUUUUGCACAUUUUUUGACGUCAAGAAUGUUUCAGGUUUACUUUGUCACCCCAAUCACGCUACAACGAUGAGGGAAGGUGCUUACCUGUAAACCCAACUUCCCCUCAAUGACAAGACCCUUAUGAACACAGUCUUCAAUACGCGAUUGGGUCGAUGAACUUUGCGUUCACGCUCUUCCUGCAAAAUGGACACUAAACAAAUGACACGAGACACUUCGAAUGGCUAUAAUCUCUCACACCUCACUGGUGCUGAAUCUCAUGGAUGUACCUCUGCGCACCUUGAUGUCAGACACUUUUGUAAAUAGAUUAGAUUUUAAAAGAACAUACACUCAGUCUGCCUUGUUUUUGUAUACGAUUAUUGUCUUUUGGUUUUUUUUAUAAAGAUGUCAAAAGCUGCCAAUAACUAGACUGGAAGUUUAUAUACCUUUAACAAGUACUGUAAGACCUCCAUUUUUGAGGAUUUUUGUAAUAUAAGGACACAUUGUUUUGUUUUUUGGAAUCUUUUGUCUUAUAAUCUCUCUGUUAUGACACACUUUACUAAUUCCUACAUUUAUGCUUUAGUGUGCUUCUGAUACAUACUAAAUUUGAUACUUAUAUUUUCGUAUGAAAAUGAGUUCUGAGUAGAUAUCACUUUAUCUUGUUUUUAUUCUUUUUUCUACCUUAAUUUCUUUUGUACAGAAAAUUCUUUCUAUCUCCAUUUAAAAGGCUUCUAUACUUUGCUGUCUUUCUCUUUCUUUGUUUAUAUAUUUGUAAGUAUUGGGUUCAUAGAACUGGGUCAUUGGGAAAAAAGUGUUUUUUCUCCUUUUCUAUAAUGUACAUUGAGUGCUGCGACUCACAGCACUUUGAAAUACCUCAUUUUGAAAAAUAAAUAGACAUUUUGAAAACAAAAGA